UUUCAUAGUUCUUUCUGAUUUUUCCCAAGUUAAUUGCAUGAUGUCCUAAUUUAUUAAGUAUUCCAUUAUAAAGUUGAGUUUUUUAACAUAAAUUCUUUUUGGGUAUGCAAGAAAUAUUAAAUCUUGGUAUCUUGGUUUUGGCCUACCCAAUAAAAUUGAAGGAGUCAAAGAUUCUGUUUUUAGAUAUUUAUAUUCCUUGCAUAACUGGAGAUCUACUAAGAACUACCAAGUUGGGAACUUCUUUUUGUGUAUCCAUAGCUUGUGUGUAGAAGCAGCCUCUGAAUACCUGUUUUUUUUGUACUCGUCCUUUUAAUUUGAGGAAAUGAAAAUAAAAAGAGGGUUUUUUUGCUUGAAAAUUGCUAGUUAUUUUGAGGAAAUGAAAAUAGUUUGACAGUGUUGUUAGCAUCUAGUAUUUGUUAAGCUUGUGUAUAGAAGAGCUCAUUCUAGUAAAUUGGUUAUGUUUUAAAUGUUAGAGAUAGCUCCUUGCAUGCACCAAAACAAGUAAUAUGGUACAAAUUGUAAAGUUUUAACUCAUUGUGAAAGAGUGAGGAGGAUGGAAUCUGCAUGUUGUUUCCCUAUUUGCAACUCCUUCUUACUAUUCUUUGUUUUAUUUCCUCUAGAUUGACCCUUUUCUGCUUCAGGUGGACUCUCUUGGAUGUACAUUUGAUAUUUUUGAAGUCUCUGCUUCUUCAUAGCUGCAUUCAGUCGUUCGGCUUUUCCUCGGAGAAUAAGGAGGACAAGGAACUUUUCAGGAGAACUUAGUGCUUAUACCAUGACCAUAUGUACCAAUAUACAAGAAACAGAAUUAUGUGGGACGAAAGAAGUUUUCUUGUCUGCUAUACGCUUUGCCACUUCCACCGGUGAUUCUUUACCUUUAUUUGAAGAAGAUUAUCUAAGAACCUCAGCCCAAGAACAGGUUGAGUUCAUGCUCGAGGAUGAUGAAAAGAUUCCUCUUGUCAUAGCUGAUGAUGAAAUUAAAGUGGAGAUUAGAAUUCUGGUGUCUAAAAUAUUUUGUUCUUUUGAAAAUGAACUAUUUUCCUUGAUUUUGGAACCUGACAUUGCAAACAAGGAUAUUGAAAAGAAAGUAAUGCGGAGUCUAUCUGACCUUGAAUGGAUGUGUAACACUCUUUUGAAGAUGGAUCUAAUGAAGGAAUUCGUCUCGCACUGGGCUAAUAUAUCGAGCAAUUUAUUGAAGGUCAUCGAAGACAAAAGACUUGAUUCUAUCAUGUGGGGUUUGAAGAUAAAGUUAAUAGAAGUGACAUCAAAAGUAUUGGAUGCAGUAGGUUAUGGAACUGUAGUUCUUCCAGCAGAAAGUCGAGUAGAACUGCUCAAGACAUGGCUUCCAUACAUAAGAAAAAUGAAGUUUCUUUCCGAUCAGAUGGGCAAAACAGAGGCCGCAUUUCCAUACAUGAUGAGUGAAGACCUUUCGCAAUGCAUUGAGGGAGCAAUAGUUUCGUUGGUUUCAGCAUUACCAUCAAAUGAUCAAGCUGACAUUCUAGCAGAUUGGAUAAGUGCUGAGCAAGUUAAAUAUCCAGACCUUAGUGAAGCCUUUGAGAUAUGGUGUUACAGAACCAAGUCUGCAAACAGAAGAUUGGAUGAGGCUUUGACGGAGUCAGCAACGCCAUUGUCACCCUCUAGCUAAUUUCUGAAGAGGAAAUUUCACCUCAUAAAACACCUUUGGCUAUUGGUGGCUCUUGUAGUAGAGUGCCCAACAUAUUCCCUGGGCAAAAGAAUCUAGGUGAAGGCCUUGCUUGAAGUAUUUGUCAUACAUGCACUUCCAAAGAGGGCUUUAUUCUGGAAGAGAAGUCCUUUGCUGGCAUAGAUCACACAAAAGUUGCAUCCAUGCUAUUGUGAUUUAUCAAGUGCCAUGUCCCGUUCAUAUUUGCUUAAUGAACUAAGUCAACUAUCAGAUUUUUGUGCUUGAUAACUUUCCGAAGAUGGAGAUUGUUCCACAAAAUAUAUCUAUAAUCCUUUCUAUUUGCGAUUUAGAAGUUGAUGCAGAUUUCUAGAAUAUCACUGUACUAUAUUUAAGCAGGUGAUGAAGAACAACAUGGAUACGGAGGCUUGAAAUUUAGCAAGACGCUGAGGCAGAGAGCUGAAACUAAGAUUUAUAAGCCUAAAGUAGUGAUAAAAAAUGAUCUUUUUAAGACCUUUAGCCUUGUGACACAGAAACGUGCCACUCCAGGGAGAGCAAGAAAAGACCUUCACGAGAAAGGAAAAAUUUGGAUGGGCCAAGUGGAGAUGGAUUUCUACAAUUUGGCAAGUCUAUUGGUAGACACUCUGAGAUAGAUGGCCAAAGUAUUCAUGGAGAUCAAGAACCUUUGAACAGAACCUGCAAUGUUUAAUUUUGAUACUAGGGAUAUUGAGAAUGAUGAUUCAGUUGUUGAAGCUUUUAAUAACUUUGUUUACGAGAUCCAAUGUGCUUAUAACUUCCCAUGCUGCUGGACUUUUUUUGGAGGGUGCUAACUCAUCAAAAAAGCUUGGUUCAUCAUCCGUGCCUUCCAAGGCUCUCCAGCCAAAAGUUUUCUCAUAUUUCUUCAACUUCUAGUCUUGCAAAUGUUGUUUCACUAUUAUCUCCUCUGUUUCUGAUCCAAACUAUGCUGCUUGUAUCCGUUGUCGGUGUGUCAAAGAAGAUUUCAGAAGAAUUAGAGAUAUAAUAGGUGCAAAAAUGCUUAGUUCUUUUGGGAAAGAUGUAACAAGCUUCUCCAGGCAAAAGGUACUCCGUUGACGAUUUUAAGGACUAAACACAAAAGUUGUAAAAUAGUUCAACCACUCUUUCAGGAGAAACAUUACACGAAGCGGAAAUAUUCAAUGUGUUCUACGAAAGGUAAUGGAGAAGGUGGUUUGCGGUGAUUAACACAUAGUUGGAUUCAUAAUAUGUCUGUCAUGCCACCCGUUCAAUUCUUCAAGAAACAAGCCUUCAAGUACCUACCAGUGAAAAGUGGACCCGCACUGAAAGUACUAAAAGUCCAGAGUUGAUAGUGAAACAAGAUUUCUACCCAUAAUAGUUGAAGAAAUAGGGGUCAAGCUUUUACCUGGAGAGGCUUGUUAUGCCUUUCCUAUAAGGAUGAUUGAACUUUUUUGCACUUAUUAUGUCUUUAAUUCUUCUCAAAUUUUCUGCUAUAUACUUGCAAUGGAUAUUAGUGGCCUACUUUGGAUAAGAAGGAGAGGAGAGGAGAGGAGAGGAGAGGACAAAGAAAUAGUAUUUGCAAGAUUGGCAAUUAAAAUAAUAUGGUAAAACUAUUGUCUGGA